AGGAUGAUGUUUUCUGUCGAAAUGAAAUGCUUCCUGAUUUUGGAUUGGAUUGGUCGCUGUGCUUUUGAAAGGCGCUUUAUACACACAUUCUUUUGUUUAAAUGUUGCGACUCCACCGUGGCUUCCAGUACUAGAUUUUACUAAAACCCACACUACGAACUUCCUUCGACGCUCCUCACCUAGGAGAUAGUUUGAUGAUGCUUCGCCAAGGCGCCGCUCAAUUGAGCUACACAUUUUGCUGAUUUUUUGAAAUAUUGCUGAAUGAAAUAGUAAUACCCAAUCACAUGAAGUGUAUCUGCAGGAACCCUUGCUCACGCUACGACACGAAGCAAAAAGAAAAGCAAGGUAGGAGACGAAAAACUCGGAAACUGACCCUAGUGACCACUAGGGCCAUAGGUCUGAUCACCUUUUGUUAGUGUCUUUGGUUCCGAUGCCAGCCUUGUCUCACUCUAGGAUCGGUUUUGAUGUAUGAAAUUCCUUGUUUUUGCAUUUCAAGGUAUGGGUAAUUGAUCUAUUUUGGUAGCAUCACGUGACCCAUUAAGCCCAAAAAGGGUGAGCUAAGCUGUCCCUAGCCAAUGAAAGAUGAUGGAAGUAUGGUAGCGAAGAGUUGCCGAAAAGUUCUUGAAUGUUUUGUUUUAUCGGAGCCUUGAGGAAAAUUGCAUGAAGCCUAAAAGCGAUCACUAGCGCAUUUGACCGAUGUGUAGCUAUCCCACUGUCUCAGAGUUUUUCUUAAUGGCUUCUUUGAACCUCUCCCAUGUACUCGAUUUCGCCUCAAUACAAUCAUGUCCUCUCAAAUCGAAGCCCUUCCCUAUGAAAUUCGCCAGUUCAUCUUGGAAUAUUUGGAUGCAACCAGCCCAGCCAGCCUCACUGCCCUGGGCUGCGCCAGCAAGCAGCUUUUUGACGCCGUGAAGCCUUUUCUGUUUCGCACAAUCAGAUUCUCAGUGAAAGAUUUCAGGGAUUACUAUAGCCUGAAACAAGAUCGUAUAUCCACCGCAGUGCAAGAAUUCUCCAAGCUUCUCCAGCGCUAUAAUGGUACGGAACAUGUUCAGAAUCUCAUCCUUGGCGGAGAUAUGAUACACCAUGAAUACCACCCACGUGGUUCAUCGACCCGGGGUGAUCUUGGCCCUUACCAUUGGAGACAAUCAAAAAUUUCCCACGAUGAUCGUAUAGCAAUCGCAUCAGCGGAUGGUGAACCCUGCGAUGAGCCAACUGCCUGCGGAUAUUCUUUUGCCAGUGGUUCCCAAUUUGAGGACUGUCACACUGACGACCAUGUCUGGAAGCCCCUGGCAGAAUUUAUAAAAACGCUUCCUGGGUUGAGACAUCUGAUAUACCAGUACUUUUCGCAGUUCCCACCGUGCUUACUUGAAGCGCUGCAUCAUCACCGUCCCGGAUGCAAACUACACUUGUAUAGUUUCAACAUGCGCAGUGCUUCUGAUGAAUUGGGCGCCUACGAGACCAAGUUACUCACGUCGCCAUGUGUUCGCAGUAUCAAUUCGUGGUGUCAAGGCUUCAUAGAGCCAGGGCAGGACAAUCAAAUAGUACUUAGCCACCCGGGCGACUUUUUGAUGUGCCACGCCGUCGUAACGGCGCCAGCUUUGAAGAGAGUCCAAGUUGAUAUACUUCCCGUCCGCGGUGGCGCACGGAGGGCAGGAUAUUCACAGAAAGGGCCUAAGAUUGUGGCUGCUCACGAGAAUAUCCUAACUUCUCUGCAUUCUCUUCGCCUUCAUCGUCGUUACGCGAAAAUAACUAGAGAUAUUCUAGAGCGCUGGACAAAACACGCCGAUUUCUCUCAACUCAAGGUACUAGGCAUAAUAGGGAGUAUUGUUACAGAAGCGUUGGAAUAUCUAGGAUCAAACUGCAACUUCCCUUCCCUUCAGAGCUUGUUUCUAGAUCUUAGUCUGGAUUACGCUGACGACCUUUCGGAAUUUGACAAUGACGCCUACCAAGAAGAUAUGGUGCAUUUCCUGUGCCGUGUGCCACCAUUGUUGUCCUUAUCUCUGUCACACAUGCCGCGCGGAAUGGAUGUUGAACGCGUUGCGCAACAUCACGGUAGCAGAAUCCGAAGGCUUACAAUAACCAAAUAUCCUCUGAAGGAGCACGACCUGAAAUGCUUGGCCAAAUACUGCCUUCGUCUCGAAUAUCUGAAAUUAUCCCUGGAGCGAUCAUUUGGGGAUGCGAAUGAACUUGCCCUCUACAGUGCACUGGGGUCUAUCCCGCGGCUAGUCGAAAUUGAACUAGAUCUCUAUACGCCCGAUCGACACACUCGCAAUGAGACUCAUCCUGAGCAUUCGGAAGGCGACUCAUAUGAUGAGUUUCAUGAGCAAAACUGCACCUUAUGGAAGUAUGGAAAAGCCGAGUACAUCAAAAACGGCUACCUCCGAGAUACGUUCAUGAAUUGUGCUCUUGACAAGGACCUGGCUUGUUCUAUUUUCCGAGCCAUAUCUGCGGGGAAACCCCAAAACAUCAGUCGAUCAAUCCGGAGACUGAGUCUCAACAUGACGGGUGGCAGAAUUAUAGGGCGGCACGAUGAAUUCAAUGACAAUUGUAUUACCCAAUUGGUGAUAAAGGUCAGCGGACGGUGGAAAAUCGAGCGAAAUCCUCGUCAUGAUCAGCAAAACGACCUGAUCGCAACGAACCUGGACCCUGGAAGCAAAAAGAAAAUGCGAAGUCAUAAUAAUCCUUCAAGGAGCAACGUUGAGGAAGUUCUGAGCCGGCUCUGGCCAGGAGUUCAAGACAUGUCCGAUUGGGAAAAUCACUGGCAUAGUUUUCCUCUAGCCGAAGUUGACAAGGAGGCCGAAAAUUAA